GCAGAAGGGCUUGGCGGCUCCUCCGGGUCUAAAGGAAGCUCUGAGCGGGGUUCACUCAGCCCUCGGCAGGCUCCCCACAUCCCGAUGGAGGCUGUUCAUGCCCAGGCGGCCAGACCGUCCUUACGGCUGUGGAGUGUGGCGAAAAAUCGAGGAAAAGAUGAAACAUUCACCUGCCCCACCGCCAGAGGUCUGUGCCCCCGGGGAGCAUCGCCAGGCGUCUCCUGGGAACCCUGGAGGUGGCUGCCCACCCUCCCCUUCCAAAUACAACCUUGCUUGGGGCUUCCCGGUCUCGGGCUGGGAAAGAUGAUGUGUCUGAAGCCAUAAAUCCUCCCCGGGUCAUGAGUAAUGUACCUUACGUGCUGCUUGACUAAUCUGGCUGCAAAACAUCAACAAACCCCCAAGAUGGUGCGGGCAGGAAGCUUUGCAACGCCUUUUGUAAAAAGGAUGAUCACAACAAAGAGAAUCUCUUCAACAGCAUAAACUAUGAUGUUGCUGCCAAGAAGAGAAAAAAAGAUCUGCUAAAUAACAAAGCCAAGACUCAAUAUUUCCACCAGGAGAAGUGGAUCUAUGUUCACAAGGGAAGCACAAAAGAGCGCCAUGGUUACUGCACCUUGGGAGAAGCCUUCAACCGACUUGACUUCUCCAGUGCUAUCCUGGAUUCCAGGCGAUUCAACUACGUUGUGAGGCUGUUGGAGCUGAUAGCAAAGUCUCAGCUGACGUCACUGAGUGGCAUUGCCCAGAAAAACUACAUGAACAUUUUGGAAAAAGUGGUUCAGAAAGUCCUUGAAGAUCAGCAGAACAUCAGGCUAAUACGGGAAUUGCUGCAGACCCUCUACACAUCCCUCUGCACGUUAGUUCAACGGGUCGGCAAGUCUGUCCUGGUUGGAAACAUCAACAUGUGGGUGCACAGGAUGGAGAGUAUUCUCCACUGGCAGCAACAACUGAACAACAUUCAGAUCACCAGGCCUGCCUUUAAAGGAACCACUUUCACCGACCUGCCCUUGUGUUUACAACUGAACAUCAUGCAGCGACUGAGCGAUGGGAGGGACCUGGUUAGCCUGGGUCAGGUGGCUCCUGACCUCCAAGUGCUCAGUGAAGACCGGCUGCUGUGGAAGAAACUGUGCCAGUACCACUUCACAGACAGACAGAUUCGCAAACGACUGAUCUUAUCUGAUAAAGGACAACUGGAUUGGAAAAAGAUGUACUUCAAGCUCAUAAGGUGUUACCCACGGAAGGAGCAGUAUGGUGAUACACUGCAACUGUGCAGGCACUGCCACAUCCUUUCCUGGAAGGGUACUGAUCACCCCUGCACAGCCAACAACCCAGAGACUUGCUCCACCUCUCUUUCACCGCAAGAGUUUAUCAACUUGUUCAGGUUCUGAACUUGGGUCAGUGCAGCUUAUGCAAUUCCUACAGGACACUUCGUCACAGAGCUUGGACAGUCUAUUUGUAAAUAGUGUAAAUAUUAAUGUUUGUUUGAAGCUCCUGAGUCAAGGAACAAGAGGAUCUCAGAUGAAAGGUGAAGUUGCUCACUGACAUGCAGCACUUAAGGAAUACAGACUUCCAUAGGACUGGUGUAUAAAUACAGCAUGUUGUACAGAGUCCCUUUUUUAUCAUCAGAGUACAAGAUACAGGGCAAAAAAAACCCCUUUAUUUUUUGGUUUUAGAAGUUAAAAAUGAAUUUGCCCCGCAUCCGUUUGAGAACUCUUUUGAUUUGUUUCUAAUAGAGAGAAAGCAAUAUGAGGCUAGGACUGUUGAACUGUUCCUCCAUCUGGUUUUAUUUAGCAUACAUAUUUAUAAGUAUGACAUUUUAGAAAUAUUUAUGAAAAAUACCCCUGUGACAAGUUUAAUAAUACUUUUGUGCUUUUAAAAGGACACAUUCUGAAAUACUUAGGAUAGAACUCUAGCCUGCUUGCGAGACAGAAUCGCAACAUACCACUUUCUACCUCUAAUAGAUUGAGUACCUUUCAAACAAAAA